ACACUUCCUGGCUCUUCGGUCACGUGACAAAACCAUGGCUUCCUUCUUGUGUUUGAUGGAGGCGCGUCGUUGACACGAAAACGUAAUUGUCUGUCGCUUGUGAGCUAGUUGGACAUUUUCUGGGGGCACCAUGCAGAAGAUCAAGUCUCUUAUGGCCCGGCAGGGCCUGAAGAGUCCCCAGGAGAGCAUAACAGACCUCAGUCCUGUGGAGAACCUGAGUAUCCCCAGCAAGGAGGAAUUGCGGGAGCUCCGGGAGCAGCCCAUCGACCCCCUGGCCGAGCAGGAGAUCAUUGAGAGCAUCGAGGAGGUCUACUUCUCUAACGACUCUUUUGAUAUGGUGCAGCACGAACUGGAGAAGCUCCCAGCCGAACUCAACCUGUUGGAGUUGGAAGAGUACAAAGACAGAUUGAAGAAACAGCAGGCAGCAGUUUCUAAAAAGGUUGCCGAUCUCAUUUUGGAGAAACAGCCAUCUUAUGUCAAGGAGCUGGAGAGAGUGACUGCGUUGCAGACCAACCUGCAGCUGGCAGCUGUCAUUUGCACAAAUGCAAGAAGACAACUGAGUGUGUCGAAAGAGGGAUUCACUGAAGCAAGCUUGGGCUUAUUAGCCAAUCAGAGACGACGUCAACUCCUAACCGGCCUGCUCAAGUCUCUCCGGACCAUCAAGACGCUGCAAAGGACAGAUGUACGACUCAGCGAGAUGCUUGAGGAGGAAGACUAUCCCGGUGCCAUCCAGCUCUGCCUGGAAUGCCAGAAGGCCGCCAGCACAUUCAAACACUACAGCUGCAUCAGUGAAUUGAAUUCUAAACUGCAAGACACUCUGGAGCAAAUAGAGGAGCAGCUUGACGUUGCCCUUUCAAAGACUUGCAAGCACUUUGAUGUUGCACACUAUACCAAGGUCCAGCUGGCCUACACACUCCUGGGGAAGACACAGACGGCUAUGGACCAGCUGCACAUGCACUUCACCCAAGCCAUCCACAACACCGUCUUCCAAGUGGUGCUGGGAUAUGUGGAGCUCUGCGCUGGCAAUGCCGACACCAAGUUCCAGAAAAUGCAAUAUAAGGAUCUUUGCACGCAUAUCACUCUGGACAGCUACAUCCCGUGUUUGACCGACCUCUGCAAGGCAUUGUGGGAAGUGAUGCUGAGCUACCACCGCACUAUUCAGUGGCAUGAGGAGCACGACCAGCAGGCAUCCACGCCAACACCAGAUGCCUCCCAGUCGGAUGACUUGGUGGUGGACCGCAGCUACGUGAAGAAGAAGCUGGAGCACGGACUCACCAGGAUCUGGCAGGAUGUCCAGUUAAAGGUGAAGGCUUACAUCCUGGGGACCGACAUGUCCAACUUCAAAUAUGAUGACUUCAUAGUAGUAUUAGAUGUCAUCAGCAGGUUAAUGCAAGUGGGUGAAGAAUUCUGCGGCAGUAAAUCGGAGGUCCUGCAGGAGUCCAUUAAGCGCCAGAGUGUGAACUAUUUCAAAAACUACCACAGGGCUCGACUGGAGGAGCUGCGGAUGUUUCUGGAAAAUGAAACGUGGGAACUUUGCCCCGUCAAAUCGAACUUCAACAUCUCACAGCUCCAUGAGUUUAAGUUCAUGGACCAGUGUCGCUCCCCUUCCAUGUCCCCAAGCCGCCAGGGCGCGUCCAUCCUAAUCCAGGGGGAGCUGUCUCUGUUCCAGCAGUACCUGCAAGACGGAAACCCCUUUGAAAUGCACAUUGAACACAACGAGGAGGAGACGGAGGACGUGCUGGCUUCCAACGGGUACGAGUCUGACGAGCUGGAGAAGAGCGCUUAUCAGGAGUACGACAGCGACAGCGACGUCCCCGAGGAGCUCAAGCAGGACUACGUUGACGAGCAGACGGGCGAUGUCCCGCUCAAGAGCGUGUCCCGGGAGACCAUAAGAAGCAAGAAGAGGUCCGACUACAACUUGAGCAAGACCAACGCACCCAUCCUUACCAACACCACCCUCAACGUCAUCCGCCUGGUCGGAAAGUACAUGCAGAUGAUGAACAUUCUGAAGCCCAUCGCCUUCGAUGUCAUCCACUGUGUGUCGCAGCUCUUCGACUACUACCUCUUCACAGUCUACACCUUCUUUGGACGGAAUGACAUGUAUGAGUCAUCGGGUCUGGGCCUUAUCAGCAGCAGACUGAGAACCACCCUGAACCGGAUCCAGGAGAGCCUCAUCGACACGGAGUCGGGCGGUGAAAAUGCCGGCUUGCACAUUCCCACGGAGGAAAAGAAGGAGAAGGUGCCGAGCCCCCACCUCAGCCAGAUGGUGGUCCUCACCAACGGUGGCACUCUUUACGGCCUGGCGCAGAGAGUGGUCGCCACAGAGUCCCUUGUCUUUUUGGCCGAGCAGUUUGAGUCCCUGCAGUCCCAGUUGGACACCAUGAUGCCCGCUGCCAAGAAGCCUUUCCUGCAGCAGUUCUACUCCCAGACCGUGUCCACGGCCAGUGAACUGCGGAAGCCCAUAUACUGGAUCGUGGCGGCCAAGGCCAUCGACUACGAGCAGAUGUUGCUCUUGAUGUCGGGCGUCAAAUGGGACAUCAGAGAGAUCAUGUCCCAGCAUAACAUAUACGUGGAUGUCCUCUUGCAGGAGUUUGAGAUGUUCAACAAGCGCCUGGGUGACAUCAGCAGGCACGUACGCAUCCCGCUGCCCGUGUCCAACGUCCUGUGGGAGCACUGCAUCCGCCUGGCCAACCGGACUCUUGUAGAGGGCUACGCCAACGUGAAGAAGUGCAGCAACGAGGGCCGAGCGCUGAUGCAGCUGGACUUCCAACAGUUCCUGAUGAAGUUGGAGAAGCUGACCGACCUGAGGCCCAUACCUGACAAGGAGUUUGUGGAGACCUACAUCAAGGCCUACUACCUGACUGAGAACGACAUGGAGCAGUUCAUCAAGAACCACAGGGAGUACUCCAUGAAGCAGCUUGCAAACCUGGUGAACGUGUGUCUGGGCUCCCACAUAAACAAGAAGGCCCGCCAGAAGCUCCUGGCAGCCAUCGACGACAUUGACAGACCUAAGAGAUAGUCAGUAGUUCUAUGAUAGUCCAUACAGUAGAACUGCUGCUCUACACCACAAGUCAUGCUAACCCCUCCUGAUGAUGGAUGUAGAAACUAAGGACGUACUCACAUUAGACCAAGGGUAGGCACACUUCACGCCUGAAGUCAGGCCCGUUUAGCCGGGUGGCAACACUCUGAUCUGUGCUUUAAAAACAUUAUGGACUCACCUUCUUCUCAUUCAAUGUGUUUUCUUUAUUUUCAUGACUAUUUACAUUGUAGAUUGUCACAUCAAAACUAUGAAUGAACACAUGUGGAGUUAUGUACUUGACAAAAAAAAACAACUGAAAACAUGUUUUAUAUUCUAGUUUCUUCAAAAUAGCCACCCUUUGCUCUGAUCACUGCUUUGCACACUCAUGGCAUUCUCUCCAUGAGCUUCAAACUAUGUGGAGUUAUGUACUUAACAAAAAAAACACCUGAAAACAUGUUUUAUAUUCUAGUUUCUUCAAAAUAGCCACCCUUUGCUCUGAUCACUGCUUUGCACACUCCUGGCAUUCUCUCCAUGAGCUUCAAAACUAUGAAUGAACACAUGUGGAGUUAUGUACUUAACAAAAAAAAUAACUGAAAACAUGUUUUAUAUUCUAAUUUCUUCAAAAUAGCCUCCCUUUGCUCUGAUCACUGCUUUGCACACUCCUGGCAUUCUCUCCAUGAGCUUCAAACUAUGUGGAGUUAUGUACUUAACAAAAAAAAACAACUGAAAACAUGUUUUAUAUUCUAGUUUCUUCAAAAUAGCCACCCUUUGCUCUGAUCACUGCUUUGCACGCUCCUGGCAUUCUCUCCAUGAGCUUCAAACUAUGUGGAGUUAUGUACUUAACAAAAAAAAUACCUGAAAACAUGUUUUAUAUUCUAGUUUCUUCAAAAUAGCCACCCUUUGCUCUGAUUACUGCUUUGCACACUCCUGGCAUUCUCUCCAUGAGCUUCAAAAAUAUGAAUGAACACAUGUGGAGUUAUGUACUUAACAAAAAAAAUACCUGAAAACAUGUUUUAUAUUCUAGUUUCUUCAAAAUAGCCACCCUUUGCUCUGAUCACUGCUUUGCACACUCCUGGCAUUCUCUCCAUGAGCUUCAAACUAUAUGGAGUUAUGUACUUAACAAAAAAAAUACCUGAAAACAUGUUUUAUGUUCUAGUUUCUUCAAAAUAGCCACCCUUUGCUCUGAUCACUGCUUUGCACACUCUUGGCAUUCUCUCCAUGAGCUUCAAACUAUGUGGAGUUAUGUACUUAACAAAAAAAACAACUGAAAACAUGUUUUAUAUUUUAGUUUCUUCAAAAUAGCCACCCUUUGCUCUGAUCGCUGCUUUGCACACUCCUGGCAUUCUCUCCAUGAGCUUCAAAACUAUGAAUGAACACAUGUGGAGUUAUGUACUUAACAAAAAAAAAUACCUGAAAACAUGUUUUGUGUUCUAGUUUCUUCAAAAUAGCCUCCCUUUGCUCCGAUCACUGCUUUGCACGCUCCUGGCAUUCUCUCGAUGAGCUUCAAAACUAUGAAUGAACACAUGUGGAGUUAUGUACUUAACAAAAAAAACAACUGAAAACAUUUUUUAUAUUCUAGUUUCUUCAAAAUAGCCACCCUUUGCUCUGAUCACUGUUUUGCACACCCUUGGCAUUCUCUCCAUGAGCUUCAAAACUAUGAAUGAAAACAUGUGGAGUUAUGUACUUAACAAAAAAAAUAACUGAAAACAUGUUUUAUAUUCUAAUUUCUUCAAAAUAGCCUCCCUUUGCUCUGAUCACUGCUUUGCACACUCCUGGCAUUCUCUCCAUGAGCUUCAAACUAUGUGGAGUUAUGUACUUAACAAAAAAAACAACUGAAAACAUGUUUUAUAUUCCAGUUUCUUCAAAAUAGCCUCCCUUUGCUCUGAUCACUGCUUUGCACACUCCUGGCAUUCUCUCCAUGAGCUUCAAAACUAUGAAUGAACACAUGUGGAGUUAUGUACUUAACAAAAAAAAACUGAAAACAUAUUUUAUAUUCUAGUUUCUUCAAAAUAGCCACCCUUUGCUCUGAUCACUGCUUUGCACGCUCCUGGCAUUCUCUCCAUGAGCUUCAAACUAUGUGGAGUUAUGUACUUAACAAAAAAAAAACCUGAAAACAUGUUUUAUAUUCUAGUUUCUUCAAAAUAGCCACCCUUUGCUCUGAUCACUGCUUUGCACACUCCUGGCAUUCUCUCCAUGAGCUUCAAACUAUGUGGAGUUAUGUACUUAACAAAAAAAUACAUGAAAACAUGUUUUAUGUUCUAGUUUCUUCAAAAUAGCCACCCUUUGCUCUGAUCACUGCUUUGCACACUCUUGGCAUUCUCUCCAUGAGCUUCAAAAAGUAGUCACCUGAACAAAAAAAUGUGUACAUAACUCCACAUGUGUUCAUUCAUAGUUUUGAUGUGACAAUCUACAAUGUAAAUAGUCAUGAAAAUAAAGAAAACACAUUGAAUGAGAAGGUGAGUCCAUAAUGUUCAUAUUAGUAUAAUAAAUAACAUUUUAGUAUGUACUCUUAACAAGAUAGUUGAAACAAUUGAUUCCAUGACUCAGUGAUGACAUCAUACGGCAGUAAAAAAUACUUUUAGCAACAAUAUAAACCACUGUAAUCUUUCUUUUGCACAUUGUUAUGAAAAAAAUACAGGAAAUUUUCAAGGCAACAAAAUCAUUGAAAUCCUCUAAGGCAGUGUUUCCUCGCCUUAGAGGGCCGCUACAAUAUAGACUUUUCUCAGUUGUAAUACACUCUUCAACCACUUGUGGCAGUCAUGACAAUAUCAAACAAACCGGAGAAGUCUGGAGCCAAAGUCAGAGAGAUGUUUCUUUAACGCAAAAAAUACGACCAAAGUGGUAGCUGUAUUUUCAUUUGCACGGUCAUUUUUCACUAUUUAUUUAAGAAACAUACAGUACAGGCCAAAAGUUUGGACUCACCUUCUCAUUCAAUGUGUUUUCUUUAUUUUCAUGACUUAUUUACAUUGUAGAUUGUCACAUCAAAACUCUGAAUGAACACAUGUGGAGUUAUGUACUUCACCAAAAAAAGGUGAAAUAACUGAAAACAUGUUUUAUAUUCUAGUUUCUUCAAAGUAGCCACCCUUUGCUCUGAUUACUGCUUUGCACACUCUUGGCAUUCUCUCCAUGAGCUAACUCCUUCAAGACUAUUGGAAAACCAUUUCAGGUGACUACCUCU